CUUCCUUCACUUUAUCAGUGGGUUCGUUUCAGGCGAGUAAGUGCAGUGUGCGACAGGCUUUCAACGCCAGAUACUUGCGCCACUUUAGAGCACUCAGUCCAGCGAGUUUUUGUGUCAGGUACAUCGGAAUAAGGGCGAACAUGAAAUACACAUUAUUACUGAUCGCGCUUUGCAUUGCUGCAACAGCUCUCACCUCAGGUGAAUAUAGUUCAGCUUAUAUGGCCACAGGCGCAAACAUAACAACAGCCCCCACAACAACCCACAAUCCGAACACAACAACCCACAAUACGAGCACAACAACCCUCACUCCAAAAACCACAGUAACCACUGCAAUACCAUCUCCAACGCCACCCACCAACAUGGCGGUGGGCCAUUAUAAUUUUAGUUUAGAUGGAAAACUGUGUGUUAUGAUUGAAUUGGCAAUUGGGAUCCGUGUGAACACCAGCAAGGUUAAUGACACGUUCAUUGUUCAGCCAAACAAAACCACUGUCAGUGGAGAAUGUGGGGACAAAGCCUCUACUAUCGUGAUAGGAUUCAAAGAAGGCCAAUUUACCCUGAAAUUUAGAAAUAAUGAGACGAUAAAAAAGGUCUAUGUGGAGUAUGUGGAUUACGACUUGAACUACGCCUUCAAAACAGGAGAGUUAAACGAAUACUCAGGGAAGAACGAGUCUCUUGAGCUGUUUUCUGUGGAUCUGGGUCAUUCUUACUCCUGCAAGACUGAGACGUUGUACAUGGGAGGUGGUGUGAGUCUGGACCUGACCCAUAACAGGUUUCAGGCCUUCGACUUCAAAAACAAUGAAUUCGGACCACCUGAACUAUGCAAGGCUGAUAUACCAGACUACCGCGUUGCCAUCACCGUGGGCAUAAUCCUUGUCUUACUCAUCAUCAUUGUAGUCAUUGCUUACCUCAUCAACAGGAAACGGAGGACUGAUGGGUACCAGUCACUAUAGAGGCCUACAAGUUGUGAUUUAUGAGAAUACCAGCAAUUCCAGUUUACAGGAAUCUUUAUGCUGUUAUGCACUUAUGUCUUAAGUGAAUGUUACUUAUGUAUACUGAUGAACAUGCAUGGCCUAGGAUCUGUCCAAACAAUAUUUACGAUGCAGGGACAGUAUGCCACAUCCUAACACAAGUUGAAGUUGCCAUCACAAAUUCUGCAUCACUAUAAGAUCAUAAUAGAACCAGACAAACAAUUGGCUUAGUACAUGCUUUAUUUAGCCUGCAUUUGCAUACUAAUUACCUUUUCUGAAGAACUUAACCUAAUACUGGCAUUACAGAAGGAUGUCCAUAAUCUACUGUUGAUCCAUCUUAAGUGAAAGUGCUCUUUUCUAUAAGUGCUCUUCAUCUGUUACACUCUUCAUCUGUUACACGUCUGAGGCAUUUUCUGUGAUAGGCUGAUAAACCAUUGUUAAUCUGAUAAAUAUGUCCAGUACUUUAUUCUUUCCAAAGGGGCCUUAAAACCUAUAAAGGGGAAUUCAAUUACAUUGUGUAAAUAAUAGAUUUUAAAAGCAGUUGUGUCCUAGUAUUCAUUCUGUUGUGCAUUUUUUCUGUUUUUCUUUAAACCUGAAGAGCUUUACUAUAGUGUAUUGUGAUUUGAAGCUGCAUUUAUGCACUGAACAUUGGAAGUAAUGUGUAAUUUUUUUUACAAAUAAAAAAAUAAUUUGCUCUAAAA